UGGAAGAUUUCGCUCAGUUCGGCGUUUGUGUUGCGUGUGUGAGCGAUUCAGAGAGCAUGGAAGCUGCAGGCGACCUGUUUGAUGACAUUAUCAUGAGUGAGCAGAGGUACCAUGGUGAGGGGUAUGAAGAAGGAUUCACAGACGGAAAUAACAUGGGAGAAUCGGAGGGUAAGCAGUAUGGAGCCGUCCAUGGAGCAAGAAUGGGAUCUGAGCUUGGCAGUUACCUGGGAUUUGCUUCAACAUGGAGGCUUCUUCUAGUGCCUGGAGCUGAUGACCGUCAAAGGCGAAAAAUGAAGGCCCUUGAUACACUAAUUACCAUGAUCCAGAAUUUCCCUUCAGAUGAUCCAACUAACCCCAAUCUUCAAGAGGAAAUGGCAAAUAUCCGUGGGAAGGUAAAACAGGUUUGUUCCAUGUUGAACAUUCAGCCAAAUUUUAAAAUAAGUUCUGGUGCCAUGGGACUUUCUUUCUGAGAGGAGCUGGCUUAUAUAAUGUGUGGAUCUGCAAAUCUGCCAGUGCCAGAAGAUUAUUAAAGAUAAAGCACUGCAGGCCUGAGCUAGCCCUGUUUCUAGAUAAGGCAGCUCUGAGUCUUGAGAUGAAGUAUAUCUUUGAUCUUUGGAGGCUUUGUGUUAACAAAUAUAAUAGAGAGUGUUGUGCUCUGUCGACAUGUUUUAGUAUUACAGAG